UUUAAAGGUCGUAAAGCAGAUCACUUACUAGAGUGAUAAACAAGAAAGAGAAGCAUGGCGCAGUCUCAAAAACGGCUGUUUGUACUUCUCUCGCUAUGUCUGUUGCUGCAGCAGUUUUCUCCAGUCUUCAGCGGUAAUCUAUCAAGAACCAGAAUCAGCGAUGAUGAUGAAGAAAGGCAAGAUUACGCGGAAGAGAAAGAGGACAAUGAUGACCAAGAAUGCAGCAACAGGGCUUCCAGAAAUUUUAUUAAAGGAGGUGUCCAAAAAAUUGGAAAAAUUGUAACUAAAUUCAAUCCCACUUGGAAGCUCAUUGGAAAAGGUACCUUUAUCAAAAAAGUCCAAACUUUCUCAGAAGCAAGUACCCUGGUGACGUCCGUCACAUCCUUAGGUUUUUCAAUAGAUCAGGAUAUAAAUGGCUGUGCAGGACUUGCCCCAGAACUUCCACAGAUUUGGAAGGACUAUAAAGAAAAAGUUGGGAAAUUUGAUAAAUUGACUAAGCAAAUUUAUGGAAUACAUAAUCAAGCCCAACGUCUGCAGCUAUACAUCAACGAGAGCUUCUAUGAGUACAAAARAACUCGAGAUAAAUUAGAAGAAAUUGCAAAUGAAAAGGAAAGUGUGUUUAAUUCAUUAGGCCCUGAAGUUAUAGACUUUGUCAAAAAUCAAACCUCCACAAUUCAGACACUCCUCAGAAAUGCAAAUAAAACCGGAAUAAAAGUCAACGAAACCACGAUCUUUUCAGGAUAUCUGUCUAAGGUUGACGCCAGCAUGGAUAUAUUUUGGGAUUCAAUGAGUUUUGCCUUUGCUGGGGGGAAACUUCUCUGGAAUCUUUAUAUCAAGGACACCAUCUUUGGGAGGAAACUCAUUGACCUUAAAACCAAAUUUAAAAAAGUCAUAUUCGGUGACAGCUCGGACAUUGAAACACCUGACGGAACCAUCAAAAAUAAGAAAGGCCGAUUGGGAAGACUGUCCAGCAGAAUCAGGGCGAGUAAAAUCAUGAAUACUAGAUUUGGCAGGGGUCUGCAAUCCAUAGGAAACGCAAUGAAAAAUGGACUUCGCAAAGUGGCCAAAGUGUUUGGUAGCAUUACUAAAAGGGUUACGCCAUGGAUGGGUGUCGCAAAUUCAGCAUUCCAAGUCUGGUACAUCUUCAAGCAAUAUAAGAAAUGCAAAGAGACGGCUAAAAAAGCUAAAGAGAGUUUAGCAAAUAUGACAAAAUUGGUUGCAAAUAACACAGAGAAUUUAAACGAAGUCAAAGAAAGUUAUCUACUCAUGCAAUUGGAAUUCAAUAGAAUAAAGAGUUACGCUUUCCAGGAACCAAUAUUAGAUGCCAUGGCUCGUCUUAAGGACAUGAUGCUAAAUUCUAAAGUAGUACAACAAACAGAAGAUAAUGCUAAAAUUGCUUCAUCAUUGCAGCUUCAAAAACUCAAAAAAAGUUGGCAAAWAUGGGUCGCAUCUYCAUCAAACUCAAAAGGAUACAACAAGGUGUGUCUAAUGAAUAACAAGGCAACAGUAGAUGUAGUCAGGGAAAAACUCCAAAACGGUCAAACAGACCCACAGACUAUCGCAAAUGAAGUCGACAAGCCUAAUUCAUUAGAUGAGAUCCAAGAAAUGAUUGCAAUACUUAGUAAAGAUCCAAGUAUCAAAGCUUUACCAGAGGAUGUCCAAACUCGAAUUUGCGAUUACAAAACUAAUCCGAUAUACAGCAAAUAUGACAUUGACGCAAAACUUUUGUUUCUGAAUUCAUCAAUGACAAAGGGGCCCCGUAAGGUUACCAAGCAAGAGUUUGAAAACCAAAUAUGUCCUCCGCCAAAAAGCCGCGACAUCGUUUCAAGCUAG